AUGUAAAAUAACUAAAAAUUAAUCUUAUGUGCUUCAGAUCUUCAUCUAAAUUUUGAAACAGUUCAAUAAUUGAUAGAGAGGGAAAAGAAUUAGAAAUUCGAUGCUGUAUUUUUAUUAGGAGAUUUUUUAAAUUUGUAACAUACAUAAGGAGAGGAUUCAAAUUUAGAUAAUUUAAGAAAGUUAUUGAAUCCUUUUAAAAGUUUUGGGUGUUAAAUUUAUUUAAUUCCAGGGAAUCAUGAUAGUAAUGAAUUACUAGAGGAUAAUUUUAUGGAGGAGGGGUUUACAAAUGUUCAUAAGAAAUCAUUAUAGAUAGGAGAAGAUUUAUGGAUAGUUGGUUUAGGUGGAAGUAUACCAGGUAGUAUAGAAAUGUAUAAUAAGGAUUUAAUAAGUAAGGGUUGAUUUGGUAAGGAUAUCCAUACAAGAGUGAUGAGGAAUAUUAAUAAGAUUUAGAGAAACUAAAUGUACCAGAAGUAGGAAAUAUCAUAUUAAUGACUCAUAUAGGUCCAAGUGAGAGUUAAACAACGAUCAGUAGUGAAAAUGGAUGGGAUAAUCUAAUCAGAUCUGGAAGUGAUUCAUUAUCAAAUUUUAUUAAGAAGAAAUUGAAUAUCAUAUUGAAUGUUCAUGGACAUACACAUGAUGGAGUUGGAAGUAGAAUGGUAAAUUAGUGUAAAGUAGUUAAUGUUGGUCCAUUACUUUAUGGUAAUUAUAGCAUUAUCAGGAUAUCAAAUAAGGUGGAUAAAAUUGAACAUAUAUUUAUUUGAUAAUUUAUAUUUUAAUUA